UAACUAUAUUGAGCCAUCUUUUUCGUCAGAAUUGAAAAAAGGAGUACCUGAAACGAUUCUUUCCUCGGUUAGGAUUCUAUUUCACGUCCUCAUCGCCAUAUCUUAAGCACAUUCUUCUUCGCCUAGAGUCCCGUAUCGUCUGGUCGGAUUCGUUCGUACGCUCCUCAGAGAGAGAGAGAGAGAGAGAGAGAGCACUGGCUAUAAAUUCCGCGAUCUGCAACUGCAAUUGUUGUCAGAAUUAAGAGGACGCAGCGAGUUGUGUGGAGCAUGGGGUCGUGGCUUGGUGAUGGCUUGCCGGUGGCUGUGAUGCUUUGCCUCAACGUGGUGGCGGCCGUCAUGGUGUCGCUGGUGAAGGUGGCCAUGGACGGCGGCAUGAACCCGCUUGUGCUUGUCACCCUGCAGCAGCUCACGGCGUCCGUCUUCCUCACCCCCAUAGCCUACUUCAAAGAGAGGAAGUCGAGACCAAAGCUGACACUGGAGAUCUUCGGCUACCUCUUCGUCAGUGCCGCACUCGGGGCAGCUCUGAGGCAGUACAUGAUCUUCGUCGGCCUGCGGUACACCACGGCAACCUUCGUCACCGCCUUCUCCAACAUCGCCCCAGUCCUCACCUUCCUCCUCGCCGUCGCAACACGUUCAGAAUCACUGAACCUGAAGCGCAAGACGGGCAUGGCGAAGCUCCUGGGCACGCUGGUCUCCCUGGGCGGCGCCAUGGUGCUCACCCUCUACAAGGGCGCCGCCCUCACCCACGCCGCGCCGCCCCAGCACCUCCAUUCCCUGCAGCAUGGGGGAGGUGCGGACUCGGUGAGCCACGGGAAGUGGACGCUGGGCACGGUGGCGAUCCUGGGGAACUGCGUGUGCCUCUCCUGCUGGUUCCUGCUCCACGGCCGGCUCGCCAAGAAGUACCCGCAUGUGUACUCGUGCAACGCGUUCAUGUCCAUGUUCAGCUUCCUCCAGGUCGCCGUCGUCGGCCUCUGCACCCAGAGGAGCAUCUCCCCGUGGAUCGUCAAGACCAAGUUCCAGAUCCUCACCGUCCUAUACGCCGGCAUCGUCGGAUGCGGCGUGUCGUUCGUGCUGCUGACAUGGUGCAUCGAGAAGAGGGGGCCCGUCUUCGUGGCCGCCUUCAUACCGAUCGUGCAGAUCAUUGUCUCGGUCAUCGACUUCUCCAUCCUGCACGAACAGCUCUACCUUGGAAGCGUGCUGGGAUCUGUUCUUGUGAUCGGCGGACUGUAUCUUCUACUGUGGGGCAAGAGGCAGGAGGCCUUGCACUGCACUCCAAAAUCUACUCAAGAUGACGAUAAAGAGCAGCAGGAGCAGCAAGUGCAGAACUGAAGAGUGAAGACGGCGCAUCUUCAGACAGUUGAGUUGUAACAGUUGCAGAAAUAAGUCCUCCCGCUUUUUUUGGGUCUGCUGCCAAGAAAGUGUUUAGAUUCUAAUCCAAACAGUAGACUAAUCUAAAAUCAGCUUUCUGCAAUCCUUUGGAGAAAUAAUUAGUACGCGCAAUAUUGAAGAGCAGAUUUUCUGCACAUAUGGGAAGAUGCUCACCUUUAAGUGUACUACAUUAGCACAUUUACUACACAAAAUGAAACCAAUAAAUGUGGAAAAAAAGUCUUAUGGAUAUGCUAUUGUAAGUUUAUUGAGUAAAGUUUCGUUCUUGAAAAGAGAGUUUAUUGCGUAACUACCAAAUUUCAAUCUAAAAAUUAUCCCGGAUUUUACAUAAACCAA